AUGAGUACACUUAGCUUCAAUGAUUCGUUUUUGAAAUGGGAUGCUGCUCAAGUGUCCACCUUCAUCAAUAUGGUUACUAAAGAUCUAGAUAGACAGUAUGGAUCGUUGUUUUUGGACAACAACAUAGACGGAUCAUUGUUGCCAUUUUUAUCAACUGAACACUUGAAAGAACUAGGCAUUGACACGUUAAAGAUGCGCCUAUUGAUUAAGAAAAGUAUUAGCGAAUUAAUUGUGGAUCACUACAAGAAGAACCCUCCACAAUCGAUUUACGAUCCGGAGUAUGCUUUGAAUAACAUCAGCAUAGAUAGCAAUCAAAUAUCACUAGAGAGUUUAAAGGUAUCGGCAGUAUUGGUCCAGGAUCUGAUAAGAAAGUUCAAUAGAGAGUCACGGGGCCAACAACAACUCGAGCUGCCUCUUUCACCAACUCAACACGAAAUCAAAAGAUUAAACGACAACUUCAAAAAAUUGAAAACGGACUUGAUACCGGUGAUUAGACUACUCAAAGACUCUAAGCCACUACCAACGCCAACAUUAGAUCCAGGUUCAACAGCCGCUUUGGACUCUCCGACUUUCUCCCCUCUGCAUCUGAUUGAUGAGAAGGAUAAGAAUGAUUCUCGACCAGGAAGUGGUUACAUUAGCGAUCCAAAUCGACUUUCUGCUGGAGAUACACUGAGUCCGACUUCACAACGAUUCUCGUCGGGAAGCAUAUUAUCCAUGGGUACGGGUCAGAUCAUUUCUCAAUUAGUUUCCAAAGUUGUUGAUGAUAAAUCCCAUGAGUUUAAGUUGCAAAAAGUAGGCUCGCAAAGGCAUAAGUCAGGUCACCAUGGCAGUUCUCUGAGUAAAUUGAGACCCACAUUAGUGGAAAAUACUUCAUCGGGAUCAACAGUUACAGUAAACACUGACCAACAAAGGGCACAGACACAGCAACAACAACAACCAGUCACUGGGCAGUUGAAGUCACCGUUGCAUCAAUCGCAAACAGCUCGUGGUCAACAACAGUCAAGUCAGAUACAGCCGCAUACACAUCCACAUACUCAGCAACAGCAGCAGCAGCAGCAGCAACCGGCCCCUCUUACUCAGCCACACGCAUCGAGAUCACAUUCCGGGAAUGAACCACUCAAGCAAUUACGCGCAUCAACUGAUGACUCAUGUUUGAAAAUUCUACAACAUGCAAUGAAGCGCCACCACAUACCUCGUGAAGACUGGUCAAAGUAUGUUCUCGUGAUUUGCUACGGUGAUAAAGAAAGGAUUUUAAAACUAGCAGAAAAACCUGUUGUGGUAUACAAGGAGUUACAAGAGCUAGGGAAGCAUCCAGCAAUAAUGUUGAGGCAACUAGCUGAUGUUCCCGCAUCUGAGCCCGAAGAAUACGAAGGCUCAAGAAUAAGUUCGGACAUUCCUGGUGGUGUUUUGUGA